CAAAGACCCCCUCCCCCUUCCCCUCCCAAACCGUAUCCCUGGGAAUGUUCAUCGUGAAGUCGUCUGAAUUGUCACGUUGUCCGUCCUGACCGUUAAAAAAAAAAAAACUAGGGAGGAACGAAACAGUCGUAGACCUUUUUCCACCUCCGCCCGAGACCAGAUUUGGAAAAACAAAAACACCUUUUUUCCCCACCCGGCGAGGAAACAUAACAGACCCGAAAAAUUGAUAAAAACCCUUCAGUAGCCUUUAAAUGUCAGGGCAGACUUCUUUUGGAGACACCCCCCUUAAGAACGGAGACCUACUCGUUGGUCUCAAAGAGAAAAAGAUGAUGGAAGGAGAGAGCCAGACCAUUUCAGGGACUGGGACCCAGAUAAAGCUGCGGCUCAAAGUUAACUGUUUGGCCUGGGAGUGGAACCCGAAUCUGUUUGGCUCUUUGUCCUCUGAGGAUCAUGAUUUCGACCCCACUGCUGAAAUGUUGGUACAUGACUACGAUGACGAAAGGACUCUUGAAGAAGAGGAAAUGAUGGACGAGGGCAAAAACUUCAGUUCCGAAAUUGAAGACUUAGAAAAGGAAGGAAACAUGCCUUUAGAAGAUUUAUUGGCAUUCUACGGCUACGAGCCAACAAUUCCAGUGAUGGCCACUUCCAGUGCAAAUAGCUCUCCGAGUGAACUUGCAGACGAACUGCCAGAUAUGACACUGGACAAAGAAGAGAUCGCAAAAGAUCUUUUAUCAGGAGACGAUGAAGAAACACAGUCUUCUGCUGAUGACCUAACGCCAUCAGUGACUUCCCAUGAAGCAACAGAUUUCUUCCCUCGACCUUUAAGAUCAAACACUACGUAUGAUGGAGACAAGGAAUCAGAGGGUGAAGAUGUCGAAGUGGAUACUGGGAAUUCACCUGAAGAUUUGAGGAAAGAAAUAAUGGUUGGUUUGCAGUAUCAGGCUGAAAUUCCCCCUUACAUGGGAAAGUACAGUGGCAAUGAAAAGAUGAGUGAAAAUGAAGACCAGCUGCUCUGGAGUCCUCAUGUGGUUGUGGAGAGCAAAGUUAAAGAGUAUCUUGUGGAGACCUCUCUAAGAACUGGAAACGAGAAGAUGAUGGAUAGGCUUUCUGAAGGAACGCAUACAAGAGACAAUGAACAGGCUCUUUAUGAACUUCUGAAAUGUAAUCAUAACAUUAAGGAAGCAAUCGAGAGGUACUGCUGCAAUGGAAAGGCUUCUCAAGAAGAGAUGAAACCGUGGACAGAAGAAGAAUGCAGAAACUUCGAGCAUGCACUUCUCAUUUACGGCAAGGAUUUUCAUCUUAUACAGAAGAAUAAGGUGAGCACCAGAACCGUUGCCGAGUGCGUGGCGUUCUAUUACAUGUGGAAGAAGUCCGAACGCUACGACUACUUCGCUCAGCAGACGAGGUUCGGGAAGAAGCGUUACAACCACCAUCCCGGAGUCACGGACUACAUGGACCGGUUGGUAGAUGAAGCGGAAGCGCUCGGAGGAGCGGUGAGUUCUUCGGCCUUAACCUCGAGCCGAACCGAGCCCGUGGCGGACCAACAGCUGAGCAUCCUGAACUCCUUCACCGCCAGCGACCUGACAGCCCUGACCGACAGCGUCGCGGCCACCGUCUGCGACCCGUCGGAAGUGAACUGCCUGGACGACGGCUUCCCCCCGCUGGGCGGUUUGUCCCGGGGCCCCGCCAGCCACGUGCCCGUGGCGACGGAAGAGUUGCUCACCCUACCCAGCAACGGCGAGAGCGACUGCUUCAAUCUGUUCGAGACGGGGUUUUAUCACUCGGAACUGAAUCCCGCCGACGUCUGCGGCGAGGAGUCGGAGAGGCCGGCGAAGAGAUUGAAAAUGGGCCUGGCCGUCCCCGAACCCUUCGUGAGCGACGUGUCGGUGAACGGCCUGGGCGUGGACUUCGAGAAUCACACGCGCCACCUCGCCGGGGCCAAAAUGGCCGUCUCGGUGGCCGACUUCGGCGGCCUGUCGGCCGGCGAGACCAACGGCUUCAUCGGCGCCCACGCCCUCCACCCACAAACCGCCCUCCACUCCGAGUGAUUCCAGCGGCGAGCCCGGGCCCGCGCGCGGCGUGCGGUCCGGCCGACCCGACGGACGCUGUCGGGUCGGCGUAGUCUUUCACUGGAAGUUUAAACCCUUUCCGCUAUGACGUCAGUGAUGUCUUUGUAUGUAUAGAACUAUAUCUUGAUUGAUCAAGAGUGAUUUCAUUUUGCAAUCCAUAAAUGUGGAGAUGUCCUACGAUCGACAGAGUCGGGGACGGACGUUGAACUCUGUGGCUCAGCUUUAAGCUCGGCUUUCCUCUCUCCUCUGUCUCCCUCCCCCCGCCCCCCACCACACACACUUUUUUUUGUUUCGUUUAAGCUAGUAGUCGGGGGCCACCAUCUCAAAACCAGCACACACGUCCCGAACUGAUCGGAGUGGCUUCCUCUAGCGUAAAAUCCUUCCGCGUGAUGGAUGCAGUGGAAAAAACAGUGUUUACAGGUACUGAUCCUGAUCCCUGCUCGAUGUAGCAUUUGGGGAGGGGGGAGGGAGGGGCCGGUGGGUUUUUCUGUUCGUUCGUUUGUUUUUAAUUAAAAGCAGGGGUGGGUUUCUUUAAUUUAAACUGCACAGACAUGCAAGGAUGUUUUUUUUUUUUUAAAAAAAAAAAUGGAACCUUCUCUCACGUAAUACUCAACUAGAGCACUUCAGUUACCAAACAGCCACUAGUCCAUCUCCACGCAAGCUAGCCCGAGGGACGGCGUGUGCGAGGAGGGGGAAGGUCCCCGCUCGGAGGCCUCGGCUUCCUCGCCGGAAGAAGUUCUUUUUCCUGCCAGGAGGGUCUCUGGGUCCUUGAGCUUGUACCGGCGACGGUUUUUUGAGUUUCGAGCUCGCGUUUCGAUCGGGUUUUUGUCCACCGUUUCGGAGAUGGUCGUGUGAACGGAUGGCGCCGGUCGUCGCGUCGCUCUCCCCGUCCUAAGGCGGUUUGACCUCGAGAGCCGGAGCCCGCCCGGCCCCGGGACGCCGUCACCGAACGCUUUGCGCCCGGGGACGUCGCUCGGAAGGCCGCGGUUCGAAGCGUUGGGUUGGAGGGCGGGGGCGGGGGGACUCGCCUGGGUUUCAAGGGGCGAAUCGGCGGAACCCUGAGGUUACGGCUCGACUUCCUCCCCUUCCUCUCGGCAAGAGAACCGCAGGUCUCCAGCCGGGCGGGGCUCUUGGCCGGCUUCGGCCGUCGAGGCGGACGGAGGAUGGUCGGGUGGGUCCCGCGCCCGGGGGGUUUUAUCGCGUUUGGGCGCAAACCCGCCGCCGCCGAGGAGUCCCGCUCCUGAGACCCCGGCGCCCGGGCCGUCCUGUCGCUUCCCCGCCGGCUGACCUUUCAAAUUGCCGGACGGGGAUCCGGCAGAAGGGGCCGUUGGCGUGUCCCGACCUAGUUGGCUUAUUAGAAAGCUCUUCCUUCCCCCUCGAGUCCGUCCGCGAGCAAACCUCCCGGAAGACCAAGCGUAGCGGGAGCACCUUGUUCCUUUCCCCGUCCCGCCCGUCGUGAACCAGAUUGCCGCCGGUUGCGCGUCGGAGAAAAAACACCACAAAAACGUAAAAGGCCCGACUGCUUUUGGUGAGGUUCACGAUCCUAAAUCGCUUCGGGGUUGUGCGGAUGGAGUGGGAGGUGGCGAAGCGAGGCCGGUCGGGUUGCAGAAGGAGGGGUGUUUAUUUAGACGAACUGUGAACCGCGUGGUCGCCGUUAAUUCUGAAAGAAGCGGAUCCCUGGGUCUCUCGGGCGACGACCGCUCGGACGUGUUUACGCAGCAGCGCGUUUUUCCGUGAUGAUGUUUUGCACAGUGGACCGAAGUGGUCCAAGCGGACCCCUCGGAACAGCCCGUCCUCUAACUCGGCAUCUCGGCCCCGUUGGGUGUCCGGUAAUAAACCACGGGUCCCCCCCCCCCGGCCCCGGAGGGCUGGGGGGGCGGGUGGGGAGGGGGCCGCCCCCGCCCCAGCCGGCAGCUUCUCGUCGCCGGGUUUCGCGCUAAACCCCGUCCCUCCGUCUUUCUGUCGAGAAGCGACACGGCCGACGUAAUUCGGCCCGACGCCGGCCGUGGCCUUCCGUCGUCGUCCGUUUUAAGUUCAGCCGUGGGUUUCCUGCGGCCGACCUGUACGGAUCCAUACCCACACAGGUGACCGAAUGCCUCUACCCGUUGCACUUAACGAACAGGCCCGUUCUCGGUAGCUGAUGCAGUAAUACGAUUCAGUUUAUCUAUGCAUUGCCGGAAUCUUUCCCUCAGGCGGAGACGGCCCCGUUUCCCGUCUACGGGUUGGGUUGUCAGCAAGUCGAAUGGACACUUUAGUUAUUUGAUAGAGAUUUUUUUGACCAAAAUCCAGAAAAUGGUAUGAGAGAAAAGGGGAGGGGAAAAGGGAAAAGAAAAAAAAAAAAAAAGAAUCCCAGCUAGUCGGAUAGAUUUUUAAAUGCGGAUCUGAUUUUAGCCUCUCUGGGGAGCUAACUGGCUGGAAAAGUUUACUUUUAAUUCCUUGUUCAAAUGAGGCAAUAAUUUGCAAAAUUUUGUAUAUACAUGUAAAUUCUGCAUAUCUUUUUAGAUAUCUAAUUCAAUAUUUUCUGACUACUUCUGCCGUUGUAUAGUACCAUUUCUGUGCAUGCUUGAUGUGACAUUCAUAAAUUGUACCACUAUGACUUUAUCCAUGUAAAAUAGCUAUUUAUUGAAUUUUCUUUUAAAAGCUGGACUUGCCUAUUUCCCCCUCAGUUUAAGCAUCUUAAUGGAGAAUUUGUUACCGUUUAUUAAAAGAAUUGCGCCGGAGAGCGAUUGGCCUGACCCGUAACUGAGCUGCGGAUGACGAAGAAACUCUGUUGCCUUUAAUUCUGAAGUGUCGAAGCACAAUUCUUGUAACAAACUGUGAUGAAUUCCAUUUUCCUUUCGCCGCAUCUUUUGUUUUCCCUUUCAUCCGAACAAACCAAAAAUCCACGAUGAGCAGUUGCGGUGUUGGUAGCCCGUCAUUUGCGUCCGGGGAAUCCGAAGACGACAGCCGAUUCAUUUAGAAGUGUAACUGGUGCUGUGACUCUAGCAAUACUUUGCUUUUGUUAGUCAUUUCAUCUUCACGCUAGCUUUUUUAAAUGUUUAGUUUUCCUCUUGUCACGGUCAAACUGCUGAAUUUACUUGAAGGAUGUACAAUACUGUUUGCUGAAGAAUACUAAAGUGUGGACAAUUAGGUCAGAGAAUUGUGCAAUGGUUUCCUUUUUUCCUUUUUCAAACGGAGAGUCAUAAACCCGGUGAGGACUUCGGAUCCAGUAGAGCGUAGUGAUACUAUUUAAUUUAACCAAAGUCUCUAGUUAGUUUCAACGUCGAAUGUAAACUGAUGGAUAAACUGACCGGUAAGGUGAUUCCGUUUGCCCGGCGUUACGAGCACAUCGUCUACCGGUGGGAUCGAGAUAUUUUAUAAGAUAUCGACACGGUUACUAUGUUUGGUUUGGUUUUUUUUAAAAAAAAAAAAAGUUCCUAAUUUUUUCACUGAAAGGAGGAAACUAUUAGCAGGUAUCUUGUUUAAAAUAUGGUAGGUAUGAAUCCUCAUUCCUCUUAGGCAACCCGUGAUUCCACUCGCCCCGGUUUGAAAUGAGUUCUCUGUGAGUCUGAGAUAAAUUAGUGACAAUCAGAACAAGUUUUAGUAUCAGAUGUUCAAGAGGAAGUUGCUAUCGUUGCAUUGAUUUUAAUAUUUGUACAUAAACACUGAUUUUUUUGAGCAUUAUUUUGUAUUUGUUGUACUUUAAUACCUGGUGUACAGUUCCAGAAAUAAACUUCUGGAAAUCUUU